AAGCUUCAUGCGGCGCAGAAACUCCAAGUGCAUAUACUCAGCGUCAGAUUUGUUGGACUCACUAAUUUCGCCAAUUGAUCCGAUUCCGAUAGAUAUACACGAUCCAUUCUACUGUACUUGACCCGACCAGUCCCACCUAUGUAUGGUUGAGAUCUACGCAUAGCAAGUCUCGGCUGACAACACCUCUUAAAACGCGCAGACCUCAGACUGGAUGACGAUGCACAUGCGAUCCAUAAUACCCUUACUUGUAUGAUGGCCAAAACCACCGCGAUUGAGACGAAGAGGCCAAAUGGCGACCUCUACCAUCAGCCGAGGGCGCGCAAGCCCAACUACAUAGAACUUCUGAAUCCCCAACAGUCUCAAGAAGAGGUCAACAAGCGGAAUGGGGCCUUGAAAGACACACUUUCCACAGUCUCUAGUGGGCGAUCCACGCCUAUUCCCGCCGAUGCGCCGCCAUCAGUACAAGCUUCCUCGUCCGCACGGCGCCAGAUCAGGGCACAGCAGAAACAGCGCAUGUUCCCUACUAUCGAGUAUGUCCACCGUGUCUCGCACUUUGACCCCACGAGCGAUUACCACGAUUUCCGCGGCUUCUUCGUCCUCUUCUGGAUCGGCCUUGCGAUCAUGGUCCUGACCACCAUGUUGCGCAACUACAAGGAAACGGGAUACCCGUUGUCUAUCAGCCAAUGGGCUCUUUUCACUGAGAAGGUCUGGGAGCUGGCUAUUAGUGACGGCAUCAUGGUUGCGAGCACCGCACUUUCCCUUCCCUUGCACAAAACGUACAUGAAUAGCAGCGGCUGGUUGCGAUGGAGCAGAUUUGGCGUGGCUGUUCAAAGCAUCUAUCAAGCUGCAUGGCUUGUCUUCUGGACAUCCUUCCCGUUCAUUCGUGACUGGAGCUGGACAGCCCAGGUUUUCUUCACUCUACAUCUGCUGACGAUAUUCAUGAAGAUGCACUCAUAUGCAUUCUAUAAUGGUCACUUGAGCGAAACAAGGCGACGUCUUAACGAUCUAGACAACCCUGAUACUGCUUCGAAAGCUGCAGCAGUCCGAUAUCCAAAGGCUCGGACCCACCUCCCGGAGAUACCGCAAUCACAGGAGGAGCGUGACCAGACCAGCAAGGAAGACCUGCGCCAACUUCGAGAAGAUCUUGCAUUUGAGCUUGCCUCCCCUCUUGGCGGCAUCUCGUACCCUCAGAACCUUACCCUUCACAACUAUGUCGACUUUCUCUUUUGCCCGACCCUCUGCUAUGAACUAGAAUAUCCAAGGACGCCCAGCGUCAGAUGGGUCGAACUGUUGUCGAAGACACUGGCGGUAUUUGGAUGUAUAUUUCUCAUGACGGUUACGGCAGAGGAGUUUGUCAUUCCAGUUCUCCGCGAAUCUGCAGCCAUACUACAAGGAACCACACGUGCUUCCGAUUUUUUACUUGUUCUUGGAGAAACCAUCGGUCGCUUACUGUUCCCUUUCAUGGUUAUAUUCUUGCUCGUCUUCCUUGUCAUCUUCGAAUACGUCUUGGGUGCCUUUGCUGAGAUAACGCGAUUUGCCGACCGUCAAUUCUACGCCGAUUGGUGGAACAGCUGCGACUGGCUCGAGUUCUCUCGUGAAUGGAACAAGCCCGUCCACCACUUCUUCAGGAGGCAUGUGUACUCCGCCUCUCGCGGACACCUGUCACGACCCGUUGCCACAGUUAUCACCUUCCUCAUUAGUGCGCUCGCCCAUGAGCUGGUGAUGGGUUGCAUCACGAGGAAGUUCCGCGGGUACGGUUUCUUCGCCAUGAUGUUGCAGAUGCCGAUUGUUCUGGUACAGCGAUCACGAUUCGUCAAGGGAAGGACAUUGCUCAACAAUGUGCUUUUCUGGUGCUCAAUGAUACUGGGCUUGGCGAUGAUGUGCGCACUGUACGUGCUUGUAUAGAGGUGUAGAUGUGAUAUGACAGGUUUGGUCUGUACUUGUCCAUGUAGACUUGGUUAGAAGUGGAGAUACCCCUCUCUUAGCAUAAGCGUUCAUGGCUUAAUUGUGGUCAAGUAGCCGAUAUACCCUUCUCAUUUCCUAAUUCAUUUGGGCAUAGCUACUUCAUUAUAGACUUGUGUACAUGUUCCUUUGCUCCUAAUAAUUCACAGUAUUCAGGAUCUAUUUCUACGUACCAACAUCCUUGUUUCAAAUUGCAACAGAAUUGAUCUUGAACGCGUCAGGACAUAUCUAUACCCGUCUAAGGAAGAAAAGAGAGAUCUUCAAGUCUAUCACAUCCCCGCCCAACCAGCCCAGCAGUUCCUCA